CCGUUAGAUCCUUCCUCCUCCCUUCCCACACAACCACACCUGUCCUCAUUUUUCUCCCCUCUCUGUACAUCUAUAAAUACUCACAACCACUCCGCCAACAUCUUCUACCAAAUUGAGCUAACCAGAGAUUGAAUUGCAAAGCCAUGGAGCUGUUAGUGUCCAGUCCCGCUAGGGAUUUUGAUUUCGACUUCAAUGGUGGCAGAACUACUUCGCCCUACUUGAGCCUUCCUUCUUCGCCCAACCGUUUCGGUGACUGUUACCUAAGUGCUCCCGCCAGCCCCUCCAGAUUCUACGAGUUUGUUUCUGAAUUUGAGUAUGUCUCCGCUACACCCAAACAUGACGACGACGAUUAUAGUUUCGCGUUUGAUGUUAGCCGGGAAUCGGAGAAAUCGUCGCUUUCCGCUGAAGAUCUGUUUGAUGGCGGCAAAAUUAAGGCUCUCAAGCCUCCGUCCCGACUGAGGGACGACGAAUUCGCAUCUGUUAAAAGCCCGCUUGUAUCUCCGCGGCAAUCGAGAUCGCCGAUGAAGGUGAUUAGUGAUGCUUUCUCACCUAAAAAGAAGGAAACGCAGGAGAGAAGAGGAAGAGACAGAACUCCAACGUCGAUUUCUUCCUCGAAUUCGGGUCGCAGAGCCUCGCGAUCUCUCUCUCCUUACAGAAAUUCGGACUAUGGAUGGGAGGAAGAACGAUACCUGCCACAACAACAGCGAGGUUCAAAAGAGGCGGCGUCGUCGUCCUCGAAUUCCAAAAGUUUACUUACAUCCUCAUCCGGCAAUUCCAAGAGCUCAAGAAAAUGGAGAUUGAGGGACCUACUGUUGUUCCGCAGUGCAUCGGAAGGGCAUGGGUCGAACAAGGAUCCAUUACGGAAAUACUCUGUGGCAUACAGAAGACCAGAAGAAGCUAAGACUUCCAGCUUUAGAUCUGUAGAUAGCCCCACGGCAGCACAUGGGUCGAAAAGAAGGGGAGCCAAAUCGGCGCAUGAAUUACACUAUGCUAUGAAGAAGGCUGAAACACAGGAUUUGAAAAAGAAAACUUUCUUGCCCUACAAACAGGGGAUUUUGGGCGCCCUCGCCGGAUUUGGAUCCUCCCCAAGAUGAAACAUUUUCUCCAAGUCUCUUUUUUUUUUUUACCUGUUAAUGAAACAAAGUUGUUUGUUUUUUUGGGAGGAAGCCACGUGUUCUCCUUGGAUAUUUCAUACUAAAUUUCUUAGGCAGUGUUCGAUGUUCUUUUCACAGAAUCUUUUUGUUAUUUCAAGUGUAAUUAUAAAGGAAGGAUGAACUGUUCAAAUGCAGCCCCUUACAUUUAUACUAC